AUGGUGUAUCGAUUGGUUACUUGUUUUGGUGGGCGAAUUCUAGGGAAAUUUUCAUGUUUUAUGUUGUGCAUGCUGCUUGAAUGGGUGUUGUUGAUUUCACUCUACGUUGAUGGGUUUCUAGCAUUUUUCACCACUGAGCUUUCAAGGUUCUUUGAUUUGGAAACUCCAUGCUGGCUCUGCGCGAAGAUGAAUCAUGUUCUGGCACACAAUACGCCUAAUUUUUAUUACAACAAUUCCAUCUGCCUGGCUCACAAGAAAGACCUUUCGUCUAUGGCGUUUUGUCAUAAUCACAAGAAGCUUUCUGAUAUAAGACAGAUGUGUGAAGGGUGUUUACUUUCGUUUGCAACGCAGAAGGAAUCAGAUUGUGAUACCUACAAGUCUCUUGUAGGAGUUUUGAACAAGAAUCUCGACUGCUUUGUUGAUGGACAAAACAUUCAAUUGACUCUGAAGGAUGGCGAGGUCUUGCAGGCCGAGAAAAGUACUCAGAAUUGUGCAUGCUGUGGAGCACCAUUGAAACCCAAAUCUUCCAUCUCAAGAAGGAAUUCAGGCUCGCUUUCAUAUUCUCCAGCAGCUUUGCCACCAAUUUAUCCAACCGCGGUGCCAAAAUCUGAGGAAUCUCGCGGUGUAGAUUCGCCUCAGAUCCUGUCUGCAAAAAAAGAUUCAAAGCUUCCACAGAAUGAGGAUGACAGCAGCCUUAAAGAUCAGAACAAUAAAUUAAAGGAAGUACCAAAAGAAGCCACGCUGCCUCUAUUGACAGGAUCCAAUGAUCUAAACGCAGAGUCCCUGAAAACCCCGUCUUUACCAUGGAGCAGCAAGCUUUUCGGAGUUCCGCUUACAGAUUCUGCGCCGACCAGGAAAUCAUCACUAGAAAAGACAGGAUAUGUGUCUGACUCUAGCGAGGUUAGUUCUCAAAAUGAAGACGACGAUCCCGUCUUACACACUUUGAAGAGGCAAGUUCGUCUAGAUCGCAAGUCACUCAUGGCGUUGUACAUGGAGCUGGAUGAAGAGAGAAGUGCUUCAGCUGUUGCGGCCAACAAUGCUAUGGCUAUGAUUACCCGCUUACAGGAAGAGAAGGCAGCUUUGCAGAUGGAUUCUUCACAGUAUCAAAGAAUGAUGGAGGAGCAGAUAGAGCAUGACGAAGAAGUCCUGCAAGAAACUAAUGAGCUGCUUCUCAAACUAGAGGAAGAAGUUAAGACUUUAGAUACCGAGUUAGAGGUUUACAAAGCUAAAUAUGGAUACUUGACCGAAGAUGAUGUUAAGGCUCAUGGUGGCAACAGCUUUUCAACCGAGUCUAUUGAAGGCAAGGAUGAUGCAGAACAAUACCUCGAUCUUCAACAAUCUGGUUCGUCAAAUGCAUAUAACGGGGAGGGGAAAAUCAAGGAGUCACUAAAAGAUUUUAGAAUGGAGAGAACAUAUCUUUUUGGCAAGAAGAAAAUGGAAACUGAAACUCUCUUGACAGAGAGUGGAAUAUAA